ACAUAUGGUUUGGCUGGGGAAAGGUGAGAGCCAAGGAGGUGACACUGUUGGGCUGGGGCACCAUGCCGCUGGGCAUGGAUGGGCGGCUGCAUGGCUGGGACACACCAGGGGCUGUGAGGAUUUCGGAAGCGUAUUUUGGAGGAGAAGUGUAGUUUGAGGGCGCGUUGCACGGGCAGGCAGGGGUAGGGCUUGGGCGCUUGCUCUCCUCCUCCCUGUUGAAGAUCCGCCCCAGGGCAAGCGUAGCGAUCGCAAGCCCCAAGGGAGACGACGCAGCUUGACAGACUGUAUCUCCCGCUGCCACGGGCCCCGAGGCGCUGCGAUUUCACACUCGGGCGGCCCCUUCGCCGCCACGCCAUGCGGGAGCCAGACUCUCACUUGCACUCUGCCAUGUCCUCAUCAGGAAAAGCUGCUGCUCCCUCCCCCUGCCUGUCCUCCCAGUGCUUCGAUCUCCUGACCAGGUCCUGUGUCCAGUGCUCCGACUUGUUCAAGGAGAACGCAACAGAGCCUGCCCGCAUGGCGCCCACCUCCCCCCUGGUGCCCACUCUCCCAUCGGUGGACCUGCCCAGCACCCUCCUGAUCUUCGGCGUUCCAGCGGUGGUGGGGCUCAUCCUAGCUCUGGCUGCCCUCUGGGGCUUCCUGGCCUGCAAGGUGGGCAAGCAGAGGAGGAAGAGGAAGGCAGCGGAUGAGGAGGCCAAAGCAAACACGGAUGCUGCCAGCCCCCUGCCUGAACCAGGCUGCCAGGACGCUGCCGUGCCGGAGGGAGAUGCCAUCCUGGCCACAGCCCCAUGCCCGCAUCAUAAUGGAGGCCUGAAGAUGGCGGGGCCGCCUGGGAAAGCCGGGGCAAAGCGGAGGCCGUGCUGCCAGGGCGAUGCUGAUGGCGACAUCAUCCUGCUCUCUGCCGUGUACUCCCAGCACGAGGAGUGCAACCACAGCUUCCCACUGCCCGCCACCGAGCUGGGGGCCACGGCCCUGGUCACCACCAAAACCACCCAGAACUGCUCCAGCGAGGAGAGAGCCUGAGGGUGGGGAGAACGGGGUUGGAGCACUCUGGAUGCUCCCUGUGGACACCCAGAGCCCGUUCUCAGGGUCAGGCGAAGCCUUGCACGGACAUGAGCUGACUGAGGACUGUGUUUUGCCUGAAGCAAGAUCGACCUUCUAGGAUCACUGCCCUUUUCCACUUUCCCCACUUGCGCCGAGUCCCAGCUUGCACCAGUAAGCGCUGGAGGAAGCCCAAGUGGAUCACGCUGAGUUACACUGAACUGCUGACAGCUGCCGCAGCCAUGCCAUCCGGAGGAGGCAGAGGAGAUGUGGCUGGUGAGGCUGGAGCGUGGCGGGGGCUGCUGUGCCAUUUGCCAGGCUGCAGUUGUGCCAGGAUGGGUCUGCUGCCGGAUGGGCAAUUCUUGGGGACACAGGGCUGGAAUAGCAGAAAGAGGGGGAGAAAGGGAAGAUGGAGAGGGAAGCAGGGAGUUACAUUAGAUUUAAGUCCCACACUGCUGCUAUUAGCUCGAUUUUUGCUACUGACCUCAAUAAAAGGAGGCUUGAGGCCAUAUGGAGCAAGGCGCAUCCAGCAUCUGCUCCAUUCACAGUCCUGCCCCCUCCUCUUCUGCACGCCAUAAUAUCCAGGUCUCUCCUCCCUCUGGGCGCUCUCGUGUGGUGGCAGACAUCCACCAGCGGUUGUGGGAACCCCCUCUGUAGUCCAUCUUCCCGAGCAGGGAGCAAGGGAGGAAAAAAAAUCCAUCUUUAUUCUGACCUAUAAUCACUGAAGUCAGGGAGGACCAGGGGCAGGCAAUGGAGUCUGCUGGUCUAGAGAUGCUCCAUGAGCUUGUCAUUGCAGCCCCAGACAGCCGUCACUUCAGCUCACAGUGGCUGCAGAAACACUGCAUGUCACUUGGGAUGACAGGGCUCCCGGUGAUGGAUGUUUCCACGCCAUGCAAAACCAGGCAGGGAGUGAUGCGAGCGUAGGCGGGAUGACUUAAUUUAUGUGAGUGUCUUCAAGGCUUUGCCUGCGUACCAGAGCUGGCCGGCGGUGCUGGUCCAAGGCAUUUCUCUCUAGAUGGUCUUGCUCACUCGCCCGCAAGUGACUUUAUUGUGCAGGAAGGGCUCUGCUUCAGAAACGAACUCGUUAGUGUGAGAUUGCUGUUCUCGAGUAAUUACAGCAGCUGAUCCCCCUGGCUGAACAGAGCCCGGUCAAUGGCUUGGGUGAGAAACACCGCUGGCCCCAGAUGGGGUGGUGAGGCAAUUAGGUGUGCCUUGGGGGGGUUAUUUGCACGAAGUGCCAUCUUGGUGGCAGCCUGGGUGAGCUCUUCCUUCUGCAAGGUGGCCUCCUCACCCGUCAGGCUUUGGGACUGAGCAAAUGUGGCC